AUGUCCUCAUCAGCACAGCUACCACCAGACAGCACCCUCGCACCAACCAUCAAGAGACUAGACGAAGCAGUCGUCAACAGAAUCGCUGCCGGAGAGAUUAUCCACAGACCUGCCAAUGCUCUGAAAGAACUCAUUGAAAACUCGCUCGAUGCUGGAUCAACCUCUAUUCAAGUCUCUAUCAAGGACGGGGGGCUGAAGCUGCUCCAAAUCCAGGACAAUGGCCAUGGUAUUCGUUUUGGAGACUUGGCUAUCGUCUGCGAACGAUUCACUACCAGUAAGCUGCGGACGUUUGAUGAUCUGUCGACCAUGUCUACAUAUGGCUUCCGAGGCGAAGCCUUGGCAAGUGUCAGUCAUAUUGCGCAUGUCGCCAUCACUACAAAGACCAAGGAUUCCAACUGCGCUUACAAAGCGUCAUAUUCAGAUGGAGCAAUUAUACCCGCCAAACCAGGAGGAGCCGCAGAGCCUAAACCAUGCGCAGGAAACAAUGGCACCCAGAUUUCGGCUGAAGAUCUGUUCUACAACGUGCCGACGAGGCGGAAAGCGCUCAAGAAUGCGACAGAGGAAUAUAACAGGAUCUUGGAUGUUGUCAAUCGAUAUGCGAUCCAUAACGAAGGAGUCAGCUUUACUUGUCGAAAAGUGGGGUCUAAUACUCCAGACGUGCAUACGACGACAUCUGCGACAGUAGUGGACAACAUUCGGCAUAUCUAUGGAUCAGCGGUCGCCAAUGAACUACUGUCACUGGAGAAAAGUUACCCUGUCUAUCCCCUCAAGAUCAAAGGAUGGAUCUCAAAUGCAAACUACAACGUCAAGAAGUUUGUCAUGCUACUUUUUAUCAAUCAUCGCUCUGUGGAAUCACCCGCUAUUCGCAAGGCCAUUGAAGCUGUAUAUACAACAUAUCUACCCAAGAAUACUCAUCCCUGGGUCUACCUGUCUCUGGAAAUGGACCCAAGGAACGUGGAUGUGAAUGUUCAUCCGACAAAGCGGGAGGUUCACUUUAUGAACGAGGAGGAGGUGAUUGCGACCAUAUGCGAGGCCAUUCAGGAUCGACUGGGCGAUGCCAAUGUAUCAAGGAACUUUUUGACGCAGACCUUGCUCCCUCAAGUGAGCGCAAAGAUUCGCGCAGAGGAUGGAUCCAAGAAGCCAGCUCCAAAGGUGUAUGAAUACAACCAAGUGCGGACCGACAGUAGAGCUCAGACACUAGAUUCUUUUUUGGUGUCGGCUUCACCCUACACGAUAUCAAACUCAUCGUCAUACAAGCGCGUCAAAGUUGGCGUGGAUCCAUCUGAGGACAUUGAUGGCGAUCAAGAGAUGGACGUUGACAGCGACGCUGAACAUAGUGACCGAAACGACUUUGUUGGUGAUGAUGAGAGCACAGAAGGAGGAACACCGGGAUCGCUACUCAACAAGAUCGGGCAAUUCAAGCGAGAUCCGCUCAUGAAGUCUGGUAGUGAUAAUAGCAGGACCCAGAGUCAAGGGCGAUCGUCGUCGAAUGGAUCUGGAUCACCACGAACAGGAAGCCAAACGCGCCUCUCGGGUGGUCUCAGAGCCAAGGCACCGCGUGUCGAAGUCAAGCUGACCAGUGUCCUCCAGCUUCGGGAUGAGGUCAAGAAGCAAGGACACUCCAUAUUAACACCCAUCUUUGCGAACCACACCUUUGUUGGGAUCCUGGACAACCAGCGAGGCUUGAUUCAAAACGAGCUUGUGUUGUACCUGGUCAACUAUGAAGCUAUCAGCGAGGAGCUCUUUUAUCAAAUAUGUUUAAGAGAUUUCUCCAACUUUGGGUUCAUUCGGUUGUCGAGCCCGGUGUCGAUCAAGGAUAUGGUCCGGAUGGCGCUUGAUGAUGAGCAGGAGUUGAUGGAGAAAGAUAAAUGGCCGGAGGAAUUAAAGCCCAAAGAUGAAAUCGCGCAGACGGUAGCGAACACGUUAGUGUCUCGGAAGGAGAUGUUGAAGGAAUACUUUUCGAUCUGCAUCACGGACGACGGAAAGCUUUCGGCGAUUCCAAUGAUGAUCAGAGGAUAUGUCCCCAACCUAGAAAAGCUCUCGGACUUUCUCUGGAGACUUGGAUCAGAAAUCGACUGGACAUCUGAGAAGGCUUGUUUCCAGACACUCGCCCGCGAAUUGGCCUUAUUUUACAGCACGCAGCCAGAGCGGGUCGAGGAUCCUUUCGAGGACGAACAGACCCAGGGCGAGAGUAGCGGCGAGGUAGACCAUGACAAGAAGACACCCCAAGAGGUCCAGGAUGCUCAAUUCCAACACAUGAUCUCGUCCUUGAUCUUCCCUGCCUUUAAAAAACACUUUAUCCCGCCCAAGGCUCUGAUCGAGAAGUCCGGCAUGGUGGUCCAGGUUGCUCAAGUCAAGGACCUUUACAAAGUCUUUGAACGAUGCUAG